CACUGCCCGAACGGACUAAACCACUGCCAUCCUCGCCUUUUUCCUGGAUCCGUCGAACUCAGAAACUCACCAUGAUGACCUCCGGCAUGCUAGGAGAAGAUGGCAUCCACGUCGACAUGGACCACUUGAAGAAGGGGGAGGUGAAUAUGGCGAUCAACUUCAAGGACGGCGUGAUACUAGGCGCAGACAGCAGAACCACAACGGGCGCAUACAUUGCCAAUCGAGUGACGGAUAAGCUCACACAAGUCCACGAUACGAUCUGGUGUUGUCGGUCAGGCUCCGCGGCGGAUACGCAGGCCGUGGCAGAUAUCGUCCACUACCAUCUCGGCAUGUACGGCAUUACGAAUGACGAGCCUCCUACCACCCAGACGGCCGCGGCUAUAUUCCAGGAGCUGUGCUAUGCCAACAAGGACCAGCUAUCUGCCGGUAUGAUCAUCGCCGGUUAUGAUCACCGACAUGGCGGGCAGGUGUACUCAAUACCACUAGGCGGCUCUCUACACAAGCAGGCAUAUGCAAUUGGCGGCUCGGGGUCAACGUACAUCUACGGAUACUGCGAUGCGAACUGGAAGGAGAACAUGACGGAGAAGGACGGAGUCGAGUUCGUAAAAGGCGCACUGCAGGAGGCCAUCAAGUGGGAUGGGAGCUCGGGUGGUGUGAUUCGCAUGGUGGUGCUUACGGCGCAGGGUGCGCAGCGACAUCUGUACCUGCCGGACAAAGACUACAAGGGGCCUGGCCCUCAAUAGAGAGACGGAGUCGCUGGGGCGCGGACUUGGCUGUAUAAUAUAGACACUGCGUGCUGACGGACGGGCGCAGACCAUAGCAGCAAUGGAGAUCUGCCCAUGGACGCGGAUCUGGAACAAUGGGCAAGGCGUGAUCGAGCCCGUGUAUCCCACGUUAACGUGAGAGGUCAAAGUAGUCUCCUCCGCU